UUGAGCAAGAGAGUGGAGGAGGCGAAGUGGAUGCAGUUGAAUCAGAAGGAAAAAAGUCCGGGUGGAUGUACUACUACGGAUGGAUGUAGGGACGCACGGACGGACGGAGCAACACAUGGAUGUACGCUGAACGUCGAGAGACCCGGGACGAGCGAGCGAGCUUCUGCAUCCCCUUGUGAGAGGGUGAGAGAAAGAGAGAGAGAGCCGCAGUGAGCCGGGAAAAUAGCGCACGGUCCUCAGCCGGCGGAGUUGACCGAGGAGAACCUUCGCAUUGGUAUUCAGCGGACGGGAGCUCCACCAUCUCACUGCGCCUUUUCCCCAGGAUGGGAUCACAGAGAGGGGAUUGUGCGAGGCACUGGAGAGCCCCCCUCCGAUGGAUGUGAAGGUGUACACGGAGUGCAACGGUUGUGGUCACCCUAAGGCGACGGCUUUCUAAACUGGUACUGGCAUAGUCAGGAAGCCCCCUUGGAGGAGUCCGUCGUCCGGCCGAAGCCAUCGACCCGUUGAGCAGAUAAUUUGGCUUGUCGGGGAUCAUCACAGAGCAAAUAGGCUGCAGUGAUGCCCCAGCGAGGCGACGGAGCCUUCGGACACGUCCGGAACCAUCCUCCGGAUGUCCUAUUGAGAUUGCAACAAUUGCCCGCGGACCCCUUCUUCCACAUCGAGUAAUUGAAAAUCCCCAUCUCCUCCACCAAGAAGACUUUGUGUCCUGAUUCGCAUGUCAGGGCAGGAGGAGAACCCAUUUUUAUAGGGAACAAUUUUAUCCUACUUUUUUCUUCUUCGCCUACCCUCUGGGUUUUUUUCAGCGAGAUAAAACACAGUGCAAUUCUUUUUCUUCCUGAUGGAGUAGACUGUCCUCAAUAGAUAACAAGCAGGUAAAAAACAGAGAAGAGAAUUAACAAAGGUUGUUAAAAAAAACACUUGUUUGGAAAGUGCGAUGGAUCGGGUAGAAAACGUUGCGGUUUAGAGUCCUGCCAGCGGGAAAAUGACUCGGUAAACAGGUAGACACGAGAAGACGGACAGACAGGCCAGGCAUGCGACUCAUUGUCAUUCCGAGCGUGUGAGAGGGAGAGAAGACAGCAGGAAAAAAAGGACAGCGAGGAGGGGAGGGGAGAGGCUACGGCGGCCCUGUUGUUUUUGCAGCAGGCCUGCCCGCGCUAAUAGAACAGGUGGAAGGCAGGAAGGAAGGGAGAGCAGGUGUGCUAAACCCUCCUCUUCGUCUGCUUGCCGUUUACACUUUUAUGUUACCCCCUCCAUCAGUUGGAGAGGCGAUUGCUUUUCUCGCCGAAAAAGCCCUUUCCCCGCUCUCUCUCGUGUCACGACCCGACGGAAAGAAAAACAGGCCCCGCUAUCGAUCCGCCCCGAAGGGAUUAUUUUUGUUUCCAUCGCACAAUAAACACCGAAAUCCUGCGGAUUCCUUCACCGUGUCCUAAGCAGUCUUCUCUCGCCUGCCCAACCACCCACCACCACCACCACCAUCACCAGCAGCAGCUAAUAAGUGACACACCGUGCCCCCCUCUGGCUCCCCCAAGGCCGACCCUCUUGGCUGAAGCGAUCCAAAGUCUGUAGGUCGUCAGAUCUCGGUGCCAGUUCUCCCCCCUUUUUCUCCUGCUGCAGCGCUUCUGAUUACCAUCUUCAUUCCUUCUGUGGUGGAACAGGCAGCCAGCAGACCGUUCUCCAUGAGGAGCAGUAGAAGAUGCCGGCUCUGCCAGCACUGCUGCUGUCAAUACACUUCCUGUUCUUCCUCCUGCUAGCCAACAUGCCACCACGCUCACUUUGUCAAACACCUGUACUCUCCGCUGUUCGCAUGGCGGCCAUCUUGGACGACCAGUCCGUGUGUGGGCGCGGCGAGCGUCUGGCGCUGUCGUUGGCCAGGGAAAACAUCAACAGCCUAAUGGAGGGCCCGGCCCGAGCUCGAGUGGAGGUGGACAUCUACGAGCUCCAGAAAGACUCCCAGUAUGACACCACUGACACUAUGUGUCAGAUUCUUCCCAAAGGUGUUGUGUCGGUGAUAGGCCCAGCGUCUAGCCCUGCCUCUGGCUCCACUGUCAGUCACAUAUGCGGCGAGAAAGAGAUCCCGCAUGUAAAAAUUGGUCCAGAAGAGACGCCUCGUCUCCCUUACCUCCGCUUCGCCUCCGUUACCUUGUACCCCAGCAAUGAGGACCUGAGCCUGGCCAUAGGGGCCAUUCUGCGCUCCUUCAGCUAUCCCUCCGCAAGCCUGGUCUGCGCCAAGGCUGAAUGCCUGCUGAGAUUGGAGGAACUGGUGCGUCGCUUCCUCAUCUCCCGCGAGACGCUGUCAGUCAGGAUGCUGGAUGACAACCUGGACCCGACCCCGCUGCUGAAGGAGAUCCGCGACGACAAAGUCGCCACCAUCAUCAUCGACGCCAAUGCCUCCGUCUCCUACCUCAUCCUCAAGAAGGCAUCAGAGCUGGGGAUGACAUCACCGUUCUACAAGUACAUCCUAACCACUAUGGACUUCCCCCUCAUGAGGCUAGAUGACAUCGUGGAUGAGCAGUCGAAUGUGGUGGGCUUCUCCAUGUUCAACACCACCCAUCCCUUCUAUCUGGAGUUCAUCCGCAGCCUCAACCUGUCAUGGAAUGAGGGCUGUGAUCUAUCCUACCCGGGUCCAGCGCUGUCGUCAGCGCUGAUGUUUGAUGCGGUGCACGUGGUGGUGGGGGCGGUGAGGGAACUGAACCGCAGUCAGGAAAUAGGAGUGAAGCCGCUCAGCUGCACCUCACCUCAGAUCUGGCAACACGGGACGAGUCUUAUGAAUUACCUGCGCAUGUGUGUUGUCAAAGCAGCCGAGGCGCCAUCCCUCAUUGCCUUCUCCCCACCGGCCAGACAUCUGUCCAUGUUAGUCAUCAUCAUGGGGAGCUCCAUCCUCAACGUUCCUCAUACAUUUCCUGGGCAUUUGAGUUCAUACACGGAGGUGGAGUACGACGGCCUGACAGGGCACGUGGAGUUCAACAGCAAAGGUCAGAGGACCAACUACACCCUGCGGAUCCUGGAGAAGCACCGAGGAGGCCACAAAGAGAUUGGGAUCUGGUACUCCAACAACACCCUGGCGAUGAACUCCACCAGCCUGGAUAUUAAUGUGUCGGAGACGCUUGCCAACAAGACCCUCAUUGUCACCACCAUUCUGGAAAACCCAUACGUGAUGCGCAAGGACAACUACCAGGACUUCCAGGGCAACGAGCAGUAUGAGGGAUUCUGUGUGGACAUGCUGAGAGAAUUGGCGGAUAUCCUCAAGUUCUCCUUCAAGAUCAAGCUGGUUGACGACGGUCUGUACGGCGCCCCGGAGCCCAACGGCUCUUGGACGGGCAUGGUUGGCGAGCUUAUCAACAGGAAAGCCGACCUGGCCGUGGCGGGCUUCACCAUCACGUCGGAGCGGGAGAAAGUGAUCGACUUCUCCAAGCCCUUCAUGACUCUGGGGAUCAGUAUCCUGUAUAGGGUUCAUCUGGGUCGUAAACCGGGUUACUUCUCCUUCCUGGACCCUUUCUCGCCGGCCGUCUGGCUCUUCAUGCUGCUCGCCUACCUGGCUGUGAGCUGCGUGCUUUUCCUGGCUGCAAGGCUGAGCCCGUACGAGUGGUACAACCCUCACCCGUGCCUGCGAGAACGCCGGGACAUGCUGGAGAAUCAGUACACGCUGGGCAACAGCUUGUGGUUCCCCGUCGGCGGGUUCAUGCAGCAGGGUUCCGAAAUAAUGCCUCGGGCCUUAUCCACCAGAUGUGUCAGUGGCGUGUGGUGGGCGUUCACCCUCAUCAUAAUCUCAUCCUACACAGCCAACCUGGCUGCCUUCCUGACAGUACAGAGAAUGGAGGUCCCUAUCGAGUCUCCGGAUGACUUGGCUGACCAAACCAACAUUGAAUACGGGACUAUCCACGGCGGCAGCACCAUGACUUUCUUCAUGAACUCUCGCUACCAGACAUACCAGCGCAUGUGGAACUACAUGAACUCCAAGCAGCCCAGUGUGUUCGUCAAGAGCACCGAAGAGGGCAUCGCCCGCGUGGUCAACUCUAAGUACGCCUUCCUGAUGGAGAGUACCAUGAAUGAGUACCACCGCGGCCUCAACUGCAACCUCACGCAGAUCGGGGGCCUGCUGGACACCAAGGGAUAUGGCAUCGGCAUGCCGCUGGGUUCGCCAUUUCGAGACGAGAUCACGCUGGCCAUUCUCCAGCUGCAGGAGAACAACAGACUGGAAAUCCUAAAGAGGAGGUGGUGGGAGGGAGGACAGUGUCCAAAAGAGGAGGACCACCGUGCCAAAGGUCUUGGCAUGGAGAACAUCGGGGGCAUCUUUGUAGUGCUCAUCUGCGGCCUCAUCAUCGCCGUGUUUGUGGCCAUUAUGGAGUUUGUAUGGUCAACACGCCGCUCGGCAGAGACAGAUGAGGUAUGCCCCCAUACCUGCCCUCGCCGAACCCACAGACACACCCCAGUGUCUGUCUGUCAGGAGAUGAUCACAGAGUUCCGAAACGCCGUCUCCUGUAAGAAGAGCUCACGCCUGCGUCGCCGCCGCCCGCUCAGCAGCUCGGCAGCGGCCCUUCGACACCCCAACCGCUUCGCCCUGGGGGCCCCGCGACCCUUGCGCCUGGUCCGAGAGAUGCGGCUGAGCAACGGUAAACUCUACAGCGGAGCCGGACCCCUCACAGGCGGGGUGGGAGGAGGCGCUGGGCCACCCGAUCUGGGACCGGGUCCCCAGCGGCUCCUCGAAGAUCCCCUUGGUGCCAAUGCCACCCCUCCGCCACCGGCGCCUACCCCGGUAAUGUUGCCCAGCCGCAGUUGCACCCACGUGAGAAUCUGCCAGGAGUGUCGCCGCAUCCAGAGCCUCAGGUCGGACAGCAGUUUGGGUUCGACCAUCACGAGGAUACCGCCGUCGUCGGCGCCCCUGCCACGUCUACCCCCGCCCCCUCCCCCGUCCUCGUCCAACACGGACAGCGAGGGCGGAGGGGGUCCAAGCCCCAGGCGGCUGCACAGCCCCCCACAUCACCCUGCUCGGUCCAUUCCUCUUCAACAGAACCUAAACAAAGCGGACCUCCUGGGGGAGCAGGCCUGAGGGUGAAAGCAACAAACUGCUUGAUCCCAAAACUGAGGAAAAUAAAAAAAAGACAUGCAGAUUAAUGGACUUUUUGGAAAAAAAAAAAAAAAAAAAUCAAGCGGAUACAAAAACACGGAAACUUGAACCCAAUGUCUGGGUGACCUUGAAGUCUGCCGAGAGAGCGGCAGCUGCUCGCAUGCGCUUUUGAACACUCCCUUUUGACCAGAAUUGAUGGAAGUGCUCAUGGCCAAACCGUGCUUUGGAUUCUUUCACUACUCCGCGUAAGCGAGGCAUUUUACCCCCUCCUUUUUCUUCCGCAGACACUACUGGGAAGCUACCCGUUCACUGGAGGACGUGUUGUACCUGUAUGCUGUUUUAAAUUGAACUGAAAGACUUCCUGAGGAUUAUUAUAUGUUUUAUUCAUUUUUGUCUUGUUUUGUUGCCAUUUGUUCUAAGUGGGAGUUCAAUAAAAGCCUUCUAUGUGACAAUUGCAGUGGAUUAUGACAAAAAUAUGACUACGGCUAAUUAAGUCUGAGAGUUUUGUGUCCCUCCCUUUAUUGCCGCCGCUAUUGGAAGGAUGUGCAAACAGAAGGAUGUGUCAACGGUUCAAACGGUCACAAAAGUCUGGUCUGUAGUACAUUUUUACCAAUGUAUGUGUGCGUGUUUAUUUAUAAAGUGUCUGGACUCACAGUAAAAAGCUUUGGCGAGCAGCAGAACACGCCUCUCUUAAAGUCUAUCGGGAUGCUUUAAAAUGGGAAAUUAACGUCCCUCGUUGUCCCUUCACGGUUAGAUAUAAGUCAAGACGGAAAGAAGGCAAAAAGAAGUGAGUUCAUCCUCUGCGAUUAGACAGGUCCUGAUCCUUUAAUUCUAGGCAUCUUUUUAAAGGGGUUUGUUAAUACGCCAGCAAGCUGUGUCUGCAGCUACAGACUUGGCUGUCCGGCACACAGGCCCUGUGCCAGAAUGAUGGACUCAACACAGCCUCGUCAAUACUGUCUCAAGCUUUUGAUUACCUAAUUACUCCCCUUGCCCUGCCGAGGAGGGGGAAGCGCUUCGGAAUUGAGCACGUUGACAGCAUACUGAUGACUGCAGUACAUGUUUUUUGCUUUGGGAAAACGACUGCCUAACUUUUAAUUGCAAGUUGUUAAUGUUACGGGGCUCUGUCGUUUAGAGCAAAACACUAAAGCGGUCGAUGUGCUCGGAAGUUUGUGGCGGCGACAUGAAUACUUGGGAGAUGAUUCAAAGUGUAGCAGCCGUGCCACCACUUUACCCCGUGAAAAAUCAAUUCAAUUGACCUGACUAACAUUUGUCAAUGUCCACUUUUUCCCUACAUGAAGGUUGUGAAGUUGCCAUGGUCACUGAUGUUACUGCUAGUCACAUUUUUUAAAGAAAAACUUAAAUUACAACACAGAACAAGAAAUGGCUUAAAACUGUACAGAUAAAACAUUGUAACCAGUUGCUCAAUACAGUACCUCUACACAUGGCCUUACCCAUAUAGUUAACGCUGAAUCGCCUAACCCAUCAGACUUGACCCGAAACCACCUUACAAUGAACAACAAGCUCAAAUGAUACCCCUAAAUCUUUAACUCUAGUCAUCCAGCCCAUUAGACCACACCCCUUUCACACUAAAACCACAACUUCCUAACCUCUGUAAUUUACCCCAAAAACACUUCCCAAACCUUCCACUAACCCUAGUCCCUUUACCAUUUAACCACAAUCCAUAACCUUGGUAUUCCUAGAGGCUUUUACUGGUACCCCUUGAAAUUUUAAAUCAUUAGUGCAGACAGGCUGGCAUUUUCUCAAUAUGGGAUCUUGUCGGUGCUUGUAUUCUCGGGUCCUUGUGAAUUGCCAUUAGAGCCAGACCGAGUACUGUAUCAAUCCUAAAUGGGUAGCAGACUUAGAACAGUUGAGUCCCGCGUGUUCUUCUCGCCACACCCUCUUCAGCCAGUGUGUUCCAGAGCAGAUUUCUGUAUUCAUGGGGACUGCCGUAUUCCAUAUUCCUUGAAGGCAAAACA